UUGCUAUUGUCGUUGUUAUUAUUCAAUGGAUAAAUUAUUAUAAGAAUAUUACAUUAUUAACUUUCGUUAUAAUGUAAUAACUAAAAACAACAAUAUACAGCAGCAUGUUAUUUUCACACGCUUCUACUUAAAGUUACUUCUGAGCCUUCUGAGUUAAACAACAGCCCUGAUUGUACCCGGUUGGUUAAGAUUUCACUUCCUUGUAAUAUCGUAUACAAAUAUAUAAGCCUCUCACCAUCUAUAUAAUGGACACAAUAAUGAUGACUUAUUUGAUAAUUAUAAUACUGGUUGUGAUUACUGUUACGGCGGCACCUUUAAAAAUAAAAUUAUCGGAUGAUAUUGUUGUUAAUAAUGAGAUAAAAAAUGAUGACCAAGAACCUAAUAGUUUAAUUAAAAAAAUAAAUGACAGCAAUAAAGAAGAUAAAAAGGAUUUAUCUACAUUAAAAUCAAAAAAAGAUAAUUUAAAUGAAAAAUCAUCAUAUUAUCAAAAAUAUUCGUAUAUGAUACCAGAAAAUAAAUACUUAUCAUCGUUAUAUGAUGCAAAGGAAAAAUUAAUUUAUAACAAAAAAAUAAAAGAUAGUAAUAUAUUUUACGUUCGUUUACCACCAGUUCCUUAUUUUUAUGUACCAGGACUUGGUUACAUUUCAAAUCCACCAAAAUUCUCGACGUCCAAUUUAAGGCCUGGUUAUAGUAAUAAAUUACCAUCAUUUAUUGCUCAAAAUCAUCAUCACCAAAAAAUAAAUCCAUUUAUAAAUUUACCGAUUGAUUUUAUAAGUAAUGGAAAACCAAUUUCAGUAUAUCAAUGGGAAAAACCUUUCAAAAAUAAAAAAAAACAAAGUUUAAUAAAAAAUUUAAAAAAAGGACCUUACGGAUUUAAUGGUAAACCAACAUCUAUAUAUUUAAUUGGACCUGAUGCCCAAACAUCAUUCUAUCAUCAGAUAUACUAAUAGUCAAUUAAUUUUAUCAUUAUUUUUUUGGGUAUAUCUAAAUAAAGAGUAUUAAAAACUGCCACACAUAAACACCCACUACACAACUGACUGAAUAUCUAUAUAUAUACUAUUCAUAUUGAUAUAGUGGACGUGUUGCAAACAGUAAUAAAUUUUAUUAUCUAUUUUAUUUCUAGUGUAUGUCUUUUUUUGCUUAAUAUUAUAAUUGUCAAUUUUCAUAAUCAACUUAGGUAAAUUAAUCGACAAUAGGUCAUUAUAUGACCUAAAGUCAAUAUCAAAUUCGUUUUAAAUUCAAAAUUCAAUAAAGUCAUAUGAUAUAUGUUAUUAUUUAUUUUUUUUUUUUCUAUAGUAAUAAUAGUAAUUAUAAUUAUAAUAAAAUAAUAUAUUGUGAUAAUAUAAUACGACUAAAUAAAAAGUAAAUCAAAUAAAGUGACAAUGUGAGUAAAAUAUAUGUAACAUUAAGUAAUAUGUCGUAUAUAUAUAUAACCAUUAUUUUAUACAAUGUACAUGUUAAUGUGUGUCUGAUAAGUGAUAAUAGAUGCUCUGAAUAAUGAUAUAACUUUUUAAUCAAAUAUUAGUUAACAUAAAAAAAAAAAAGAAAAAAUUAACAUUUAAAUUUAAAAUUACGAAAUAAGUUAUUGUAUAAAAUUAAAUAAUAAAUAAGUGCAAGAAAUAAGUAUAAUUUUAAAUAACAAAAUAAUUACUUUAUAUUCAAAGGUUUCUAUAAAUAGUUGGUAAAAAAAAAUUCAUUUGACGAUUUACCUAUGUAUAUUUAUUUAUUUUAUAAAAAUAACUAUAUAAAAGUAUAAAAGUUUAUAUUUUUCUUAAUUUUCUAAUAUUCAUAUCAUACUUAUAUUAAUUAUAUUGCUAAUAUUUUCAUUUCUUAAGAUAUUUAAAAGCAAAAUUUAUCGUUAAUUUUACUUAUUUUUAAAUGAAAAUAAUUAAAGCGAUGAAAUAUAUAUAUAUCUCAUAAUU